CGAUGCCAAAAAUCAGCACUGCAGAUGUGGAUUCAAAUCCCCAUAGGACUCCGGGUGGUUAUUUGCUUCACCAUCGGCCUGCGAUGCAACCUCGUCAGACAGUCAGUGCGCACGCAGUCUUCAAACCGCAACACACUUUUCGUACAUGUCUCCACAAAGCAUACGCCGAUCGUCAGAUUGACAAGAAACGGCUGCUGCUGAUUGGAAACCCUUCAAACUCCGGUCGAUGACCCUUCGAAGCUUGGACGCUCUUGUACAAGCUUAUCCCAUCAUCCGUCCUCCGGCAACAGACAGCGUAAUUCGCAUCCGAGGAGCGCUCCGCGUUCAAACCCGCGUGGCCGUGCAUUCCCGGAGAGAUGUCAUAACACACGCAAUACACUAAUAUAGAGAUAACAGACCCGGGGGAGUCCAUCUUGAGACGCCAAUGGCUCAAGAUUGAGAGUUAGGAUGGAACGUGUGUUUUGAAUGCUUAGAUACUUAAAGUGCUGUGCUCCGACUGCAUUGAUCUGAAAUAUGGUCUCGUGCACACUUUCCGUCUUUGACGAGAACCUCUUCCUGCGCUCCAACUCAACCAUUUCUCGUGACUUUCAGUGAGAGUGUGGCCAAAACAAAAUGAUCAACGAAACGGGGAAGUCGGGCAGCUCUGGGUACUCCUCUGACCCAGAGAAGGGCGCUGAUUUGCCGGAAUACAGCGACUACGACAAGGAGAAUGUACGACGCGGAAGCGUCACGGCAUAUCACGAUGGGUUUUUCAGUGCGUUCAAGCCUGCCAGCUUCAAGCGCAACAAGAAUGCCCGCAUGGUCACUGAAGCCACGGAUAAUGAAGGACGUCCACUGCCCGACCAGCCUCCGGCUGAACCUGCUCUUGCCAUGAAGCUCAAGGCGAGGCACCUGCAGAUGAUUGCAAUUGGCGGCAGCAUCGGCACAGGUCUCUUUGUCGGCUCCGGGAGUGCCCUUGCAAAUGGAGGCCCAGCCUCCCUCGUCCUUGCAUAUGGUCUCAUUGGAAUCAUGUUAUAUUGCACGGUCCAUGCUCUGGGUGAGCUGGCCGUGGCAUUCCCCAUUGCGGGGGCUUUCUCUGUGUACAGCUCGCGCUUCAUUGAUCCCGCUUGGGGCUUUGCCAUGGGUUGGAACUAUGCUUUGAACUGGCUGGUAACACUGCCUCUUGAAAUUACCGCUGCGAGCAUCACGUUGUCAUUCUGGCCUGGUGCAAAGGAUGUCAACCCAGCAGCCUUCGUGAUCAUCUUUUGGGUUGCCAUUGUGCUCAUCAACUUCUUCGGCGUCAAAGGUUAUGGAGAGGCCGAGUUUGUGUUCUCCAUUGUCAAAGUGAUCGCUGUCAUCGGCUUCUGCAUUCUCGGAAUCAUAAUUGCGGCAGGUGGUGUUCCAGGCUCUCCUCAAGGAUAUCUGGGAACUCACUACUGGUAUGAUCCCGGGGCGUUCAAUCACGGUUUCAAAGGGCUGUGCUCAGUCUUUGUUACUGCCGCUUUUUCAUUCGGUGGCACGGAGCUGGUCGGUUUGACCGCCGCAGAGACCGCAAAUCCCCGGGCCACGCUUCCGACUGCCGUCAAGCAGGUCUUCUGGCGAAUCUGCCUUUUCUACAUGGUCAGUUUGACCAUUAUCGGCUGCAUAGUUCCAUAUACCGAUCCUGAGCUGCUGAAUGGAAGCAGCAGCACAGACGCCAACGCCUCUCCUUUCGUUAUCGCGGUGAAGAACGCCGGUAUCACUGUCGUCCCAUCAAUCAUGAAUGCUGUUAUCCUUAUCGCUGUUCUUUCCGUUGGAAACUCCUCUGUUUACGGCUCAUCUCGUACCCUUGCUGCCCUGGCGGAUCGCAAGCAGGCGCCGAAGAUAUUUGGCUACAUUGACAAAACAGGUCGGCCCCUCGUUUCGAUAAUCUUUGCCUCAGUCAUCGGUCUGCUCUGCUUUUUGGCGGGUGCUGGAAGCAAGACCAGAACUGAGGCGUUCAACUGGAUGCUGGCUAUCUCGGGUCUGAGUUCGAUCCUCACGUGGGCCUCUAUCUGCGCAUGCCAUAUUCGCUUCCGACAAGCUUGGAAGCACCAUGGAUACUCUCUCGACGAUCUUGCCUUCCGAAGCCAACCUGGUGUUAUCGGAUCUUGGAUCGGCCUAAUAUUCAACGUCUUGAUCCUCGUCGCAACCUUCUGGACGGGCUUCGCUCCCGUCGGAUACGCGGAAAUGACGGCGAGCGAGCGCGUGAAGAACUGGUUCAUGGCGUACUUGGCGGCGCCCAUUGUUUUGUUCUUUUUCAUCGGUUACAAGAUCUGGUUCAAGACCAAGUUCAAACGACUCGACGACAUUGACGUUACCUCUGGACGAAGAGAGUUGAAUCUCGCGGAAAUACUCGAACAGGAGCGAGCUGAGAAAGCAAUGUGGCCCACGUGGAAGAAGGUUUACAAGUUCUUCUGUUAGUCCAGGUUCGGCUGCG